AUGCAUGAGAAAUGUCAUUAUGAAAUGAUUGGAAAUUACAACUUAUUAGAUUCUGAUAAGAGGCAUGAAGCUUCUUCUUGCUCUCAACCACUUGUACAUUUUAAUCUGUCUGGGGAAAUUGCAUCACAUCAUGAAUAUGGUGUCAGUAAUUACGCGCCAAACUUAUAUUGUAUAUAUCAAAUUCAAGCACCUAUAAAUCAUAAAAUUAUCAUUCAAAUUGAAGAACUUGAUUUAGAAGAAUCAAAUGGUUGUAUUUUCGAUUAUUUAUUGAUUACAAAUCAAUAUUAUGAUAAUAUUUACACGUAUUGUGGUCAAAGAAAAUCACCAAAUCCCGUUGUGAUAAAUGAUUCAUUGGCUGUCAUCAUCUUUGUUACAGAUGAUGGAAAUAAUGGAAAUGGUUUCCUUCUGAAGUAUGAAAUUCAGGAGAAAGAAGAUUUAAGGCCGAAUUCAUUCUAUUCUUGUGGGAUAGCACCUCAACUCUCUUAUCACCAAUCCACUGAUCAGGAUGAUAAUGACGUGGCUGAAUAUAAAAUUCAGCCGAGAAUUUUCGGUGGUCAAAUAACACCUUCUGGUCAAUGGCCAUGGAUGGCAUCAAUCAGAGAGAAAAAUCAAUUUCGAUGUGGUGCUAGUUUAAUUGAUUCCAAUUGGUUGCUGACAGCAGCACACUGUUUUCCGAAGAAAUUAAAUUUAACCGACUGGCAAGUUUAUGUUGGAGAUAAUUACAUAGAUUGGAUUGAUGAACAAGAAAUCACCUUUAAUAUCCGCAGUCUGUUGAUACAUCCAAAUUACAGUCUUCAUCAGUUGUACGAUUAUGAUUUCGCGUUGAUACAAACUGACCUACCAAUUCAAUAUAGUACAAAGAGAAGACCUGUGUGUUUACUCAAUUCAACGGUGGCGAUAACUAGUGAUCAGUUUACAGAUUGUUAUAUUGCUGGAUGGGGUAGUUCAGAGGAUUCGCCUGUAUCAAAUGCAUUACGUCAUCUAAAUAUUCCUCUGCUCAGUCUAAAUGAAUGUAAUCAAACUGAAGUAUACAAAGGGAAAAUAACUGAAACAAUGAUUUGUGCAGGAUAUUUGAUUGGUGGGAAAGAUGCUUGUAAAGGGGAUAGUGGUGGUCCGUUAAUGUGUCAGUUGAAAAAUAAUACUGUUCAUCAAAUAUGGUAUCAAAUUGGCGUUGUUUCAUUCGGAAAAUCAUGUGCUGCUUCAGGGACUCCAGGAGUUUACAGUAACGUCACAUUUGCUAUCGACUGGAUAUAUUCAGUUAUUCAUCCAUGA